UUGUGUCACAUGUAAUCUGAAGCAAACCAGAACAGACUCUGCUGCCUAUAGACUGUAUAGCUCAGCUGCCUAUAGACUGCAUAACAACAUUAAGAGAGGAUGGAGAAGCAACCAUCACAAGAAGCCAUAGCCAAAGUCUCAUCAAUCUUCAUAUAUCCAGUUAAAUCAUGUCGAGGGAUUUCGGUUUCUGAAGCACCUAUCACCCCUACUGGGUUUCGAUGGGAUCGACAAUGGUUAGUUAUAAAUGAAAAAAGGAGAGCAUAUACUCAAAGAGUUGAACCAAAGCUUGCUUGUGUUGAGGUACAGCUACCAAACGAGGCAUUCCUAGAGGGUUGGGAACCUACUAGCAGCUCUUAUCUGGUAUUAAAAGCACCUGGCAUGGAUGAACUGAAGAUUUCUAUGAGUCCACCACAAGAAAUAGCAAAUGGAGUUUCAAUAUGGGAAUGGUCUGGUGCUGCCUUAGACGAGGGAGCUGAUGCAUCAAAAUGGUUUUCUAACUAUCUUGGGAAACCUAGUCGACUUGUUCGCUUUAAUGCAGGUACAGUUUCAUGUGCUUCAGAAACUAGACCUGUGAAACCUUCCUUUUGGUCUCAUAAACCUGUGGAACCUGAAUAUGCUGGGGGGAAGCAAAUCAUGUUCUCUGACAUUUUUCCAUACUUAAUAGCGUCUCAGGCAUCAUUGGAUACACUAAAUGAGCAUCUGAAGGACCCUGUACCGAUUAACCGUUUCAGACCCAACAUUCUUGUUGAUGGUUGUGAACCAUUUUCAGAAGACUUAUGGACAGAUGUCAGGAUAAACAAGUUCACAUUUCAAUGCUGCAUGCUGUGCUACCGCUGCAAGAUACCUACGGUGAAUCAAGAGACUGGCAUUCAAGGAACUGAGCCAAAUGAAACUCUCAAGAAAUUUCGAUCGGAUGCAACUGUGUAUCCAUCUCGGAAACAGCGGGGAAGGGUCUACUUCGGGCAGUAUCUAGUUUGCAAAGACUCUCUGAUUGCUGGCGUGAAGGGAAAUGUCAUAAAGGUUGGAGAUCUUCUUCAUGUCCUCAACAUGGUUUCCUCUGCUGAUGAAGUUCCGGAAUAAUUAUUUUAUCUUUGCUGUUAUAUGAUUCUAAGAUUUGGUGUCUAGUAUUAUGAUGAAUAACAGGAGGACUGCUUUUUAAUGAUUAGCCUCCUAGUUAGAUAAAAGUUCCAGGUAUUUCAAAACACAAGAGAAAUGCAAAUGUUCACAAGUAACAUAUUUCUGUAUGAGAUAUGUUUGAUGUAUUGGAAUUUGGAAAUCUGCAAUGCUUGGAUCUUCUUCAUGCUUGCUUUCA